ACCGAGAAUAAAAACUAACCUUAUCUGACAGUUUUUCCACGCAGAUGCCAAAAUUUACCUAAUAGAAAAAAGAGAAAAGUGAGACAACAAGAACAGGAUAUUUUCUUUCCUUCUUGCAUACGUGCUUUUAUAAUAUAUUUAUGUGUGUGUGAUUAUAUGUGUAUGUUUAGUAGCGUCGUGCGAUCCUGAGAAAAAUCGUCCCGAAGGUGACGAACUCGGGAUUAAUAGAUACAUGUGAUAAUGGAUCGCGAGCUCAUCGAAAAGUUUAUCGAAGUCACAGGUGAAGGUGAAGAAAUAGCUGCCCAAUACUUGGCUCUUGCAGAUGGCAAUUUAGAGUCCGCUAUAAGUCUUUUAUUCGAAGCUGGAAGUUCUGCACCAAGUGCAGAACAAAGAUCAAUUGUAAAUGUUGAAGAUGAACCAGAAGUUCGAGCACCAAUUCUACCAACUCAGGAAGUUCUUGUUCCACCUGAUGUCACUUGCUCGUUUCCAAGGGCUUCUAAUAAUAUAUUUGACCGAUUUAGAGAUUUUGCAGUUGAAACAAGAAGACAAGAAGAAGAAAUGACACAAAGAGCAUCUGGUGCUAGAAAAUCAUCUCAACGUAAUAAGUCAAAACGUUUGGAAGAUUUAUUUAGACCACCCUGUGAUAUACUAUUUCUAGGUACAUUUAACGAAGCUAGAGAGCAUGCUAAAAGUAUCAAUCGCUGGUUACUUGUUAAUGUACAAAAUCAACAAGAAUUUGCUUGUCAAAUAUUAAAUCGAGAUGUUUGGCCAAAUCAACAAAUACGAGAAAUUAUAAAUGAUCAUUUUGUUUUAUGGCAGGUUUUAUCAAAUUCUGUUGAUGGAAAACGUUAUAUUGACUUUUAUAAUGUUUCUGGCUAUCCAUAUUUAGCUAUCAUUGAUCCUAGAACUGGGGAAUGCAUGAGAUCAUACAAUCACAUAACAGUUGAUAGUUUAGUUUUUGGUUUAAAUGAUAUGCUUAGUACGCACGCAUCUCCUGAAAAUGUUGAAUCUACACCUAGUAAAAAAAAAUCUGAUCCUUCAGAGUCAACUUUUGUAGAAAAUCUACAAAGUGAUGCCAUCUCUAAUUCGAAUAUACCUUCAAAUACAAAAAGAUCACGAGCACUAGACAAAAAUGCAGGAGCUAGUAGUUCGAACUCAGAUUAUAGAGACAUUAAACCCAGUACAAGUAUCAUAAGUACAAUAAACAGCACAUCUAAUUUUAUUAGUAAAAGGUCUCGAAUAGAUGAAAUGGGUUCAAAAGAGCAAGAAAUGCAGAAAAAUAAUGAAUUAAAGACUCCAGUAGAUGUUAAUGCUCCAGUUAUAAAACUUUGUCUUCGUUAUCCGAAUGGAGCUAAAGAAACUAUAUCUACUUCAUCCCACGAUACAGUGGCGGAUUUUAUUAAAAGAAUGGAAGAUUCGGGUUAUGGUUCAUCAGAAUUUACAUACCUUAUACAAUUUCCAAAAAUGAAUAUUGGUGAACUCUCUAUGAAUUUGCGAUUAUCAGAGACUAUUCUCUAUCCUUCCAACACAGUAUUUAUAACAAAAAUUUAGUUGAAAAUCUAACUAUUUCAAGAUCGACAUAAUGGAAAUAUAAAAUAUCAACGAAAUAAAGACUUGAGGUGUAUUGAAUUGUAGUGUGUGCCGAACUUCCGUUUGAUUCUUAUUGAUAUUUACAAAAUUCAAUUAAAUUAACAAUAUAAAA